AUAUUCAAAAAGGGAGGCAAUCCAAAUAUUUAAUUUGAGUUUGAAUUUCAUUUGGCUUUGAUUUUGUUACUUCUUUCUGGCUGGUUCCCCCACCUUCGCGGCAACUUCCCUCUUCUUUUCUCUCAUUCACAAAUUAAAUAAAAUAAAUCAAUUAAAAAUAACAAAAAAACCAACAUAACAUAACAACAAAAAAUCAAAUAUUAAAAAAUAUUUUCUCUUUUGAAAUUUUCUUAUCUCUCUUAUAUUAUUAUUUUUUCCUUUCUGUUUUUUCUUUUUACCAGAAAAAACUGCGAGAUUCAAUUCAAAGAGAAAAAAAAGAAAACAAAAAACUCAGAGACCAAAAAAUAUGAAAUGAUUAACAACAGAAGAACCAAUAAUAUAAACAAACCCUUUCUAAAACGCAUCAUUUCGUUCUCCGCGUUUCGCAUCGGAACCUGAACGAUUCUCCGAUAACCGUCGCCGACUCUUCUCCGGUCGGCUUGAAAACUUGACCGAUUGUUUCUUCCUCUUUCGAUCUACUCGUAGCAUCGAUUUGGAAUCGAUUUCUGGAUCUGAAGAUUCUUUUUCACGAUGCCGUCUCACGCGGAUCUGGAUCGGCAGAUCGAGCAUCUGAUGGAUUGUAAGCCUUUAGCGGAGGCGGAUGUCAAGGCGCUUUGUGAACAGGCGAGAGCGAUUUUGGUGGAAGAAUGGAACGUUCAACCGGUGAAGUGUCCGGUUACGGUUUGUGGUGAUAUUCAUGGUCAGUUUUAUGAUCUGAUUGAGCUUUUUCGGAUAGGUGGAAAUGCUCCUGAUACUAAUUAUCUCUUUAUGGGAGAUUAUGUAGAUCGUGGGUACUAUUCAGUGGAGACUGUUUCACUUUUGGUGGCACUGAAAGUUCGUUAUAGAGAUAGAAUUACAAUUCUCAGGGGAAAUCAUGAGAGCCGUCAAAUUACUCAAGUGUAUGGCUUCUAUGAUGAAUGCUUGAGAAAAUAUGGAAAUGCCAAUGUCUGGAAAUUCUUUACAGACUUGUUUGAUUAUUUACCUUUGACUGCACUCAUUGAGAGUCAGAUUUUCUGUUUGCAUGGAGGUCUCUCGCCAUCUUUGGAUACACUGGAUAAUAUCCGCGCCUUGGAUCGCAUACAGGAGGUUCCACAUGAAGGACCGAUGUGUGAUCUCUUGUGGUCUGAUCCCGAUGAUCGUUGUGGUUGGGGAAUAUCUCCACGUGGUGCUGGUUAUACAUUUGGACAGGAUAUAGCUGCUCAGUUCAAUCAUACAAAUGGUCUCUCACUGAUAUCUAGAGCUCACCAGCUUGUGAUGGAAGGAUACAAUUGGUGCCAGGAGAAGAAUGUGGUGACUGUUUUUAGCGCUCCAAAUUACUGCUACCGAUGUGGGAAUAUGGCUGCCAUUCUGGAAAUUGGGGAAAAUAUGGAUCAGAAUUUUCUGCAGUUUGAUCCAGCUCCGAGGCAAAUUGAGCCUGACACUACACGAAAGACACCGGAUUAUUUUUUGUAACUUCAUAUAUCUCUUUGUAUGUAGUUACACUUCUUUCUGCUGUUACUGUAGAUUUGUCUUUAAGAAAAGAGGAGUUUCAACUGUUUAAGUGGUGGAGGGUUAUCAUCAUCAACAACAACAUAAUUCUUUCUUUUUGGAGUUUGUCUUCUGCUGCCGCUGCUGCUGCUGUCUUAUUUGGAAAAGAAACCAAUAGAAUUGACACAAUUGGUAUUGUAUAUUUUUGAUAGGAGGAAGCAGCAAUAACAUGGUAUAUCUUGUGCUGUAAUUUUUUUUCUUUUAAUUAAAUCUCAAGUUAGAGAGCAGAUUUUUGAGUUGUGACCAUCAUGUUCAUUUAAGAUUGUGAGUGGUGACAAAUGCAGGUGUUGAUUUUUUACAUAAUUCAGUGAUAUUAUAUCUUAUCAUAGGUUGGGUUGGUGGAUGGAUA